CACUUCUGCUUUCUGUGGGCAAACUUGUGCAAUGCCCUGUGUGCCUUUUAGACAAGCAGUUUAGAAUCCAGCGGAGGUUCCUCAAGAGAGACAGACUAAACUUGUUCUGCAUCUGAUAGCGUGAUUGCUAUUUGGGGCUCUUAAAAUGUCCAUUCAUUGAUAUCUACCCCUCUAGUCCCAGCUGGUCACUUCUCCUAGUUCAUCUGUCUGUGCCUUUUGGGAGCUGUACUUGAGGUUUCUUUCUGAGUGGAUUAAGUGGCAAGAAACUUUCCUGAAGCAUGAAGCCCUUACAAGCGAGCACAAGGCCUCUUCCCGAAGCUGGGUCAAGAGUCUGGAGCUAUUGCCAGGGCAAUCUGUUUCCAAAGAUACAAGAAGUCAUGUUAGAUGCAUGGUCUGCCUACUCAAAGCCGGUGCCUUCAAGCUGCAGUGAGCUCCUGACUUUAUUUCUUCAGUGCUGCUGCAUUGCUGUGCUGACAGGUGGCCUCCUCUAUAACUGGAUGUUCUCCUCGCUAGAGUAUCCAUUUCACCUCUCCUCUGCAAUUGCUGUUUCCUUCAGUCUGCUACUUCUACUGAUUCUCUUCUUGGUGCAUCCCGUCCGUUGCAUGUUCACCAUAAUCAUACCUACACUGGGCACUAAACAAGGCCGGAGGCUGCUCUUGUCCACCUGCUUCAUGACUGUGGCAGUUAAUACCAUACCAAACAUCAUGGACAACAUUAAAACCAUACUGCAGGUUAUUAAAUGCAUUUGCAAGAAUUACUCAGAAAGCCUUUUGACCUCAACAAUCCUAUUGGGAAAAGCUUCCAUGCAGUUUGGUCACCAAGUCAAAGAAGUCACUGACAAAAUGGCAGAUAACUUUCUGAUGCCCAGGAAUGGACAUUUUCAGUAUGCUGUGGAUCACAGUCAUUCCUGGGUGAGGGAGCAAAUGCUCAUUGCUAGUCAGAAGAUCAAGGAUGAUAUCUCUGCUGUCGAAUUGCUGGUCAAACAGGCAUUGCUGGUAGCCAACAGGGUGGCUGCUGGCUUCUUCCUGUUCUAUCUCCUUUUUGAGUCUGCUUGGUAUUUGAAAAGCUAUCUCACCAACCUCCGAUUUGACAACAUUUACAUCACCAAAAAGCUGAAGGUCUGGGCUGUGGACAAGAAAGCAGCCCAUCUGCUGACCAGCUCACCGAAAAAACUGAUCACAUCCACAGGCUUGAAGCUGUCCCGGGAGGAAAUGAUGCUGUGCCUGGUGCGCAUGAUGCUCCCCUCUUUGGUCCUGAUGGUGACAGUGGUGAUCAUAGCAACGGACUACAUCGCCUUCUACUUGGCAGAUACAGCAAUGAAUGAGGUGGCUCAGUUUCCCACAGUGCCCAUAACGCUCAACAUUAAAUAUGAUGUCAAAAUAAAUGCUCUGCCCUUUAUUGGGAAAAUUUUCAAUGGAGUCAUCUCUGGAGAACAAUCCAUUGUGAACUCUGAAAGAACUUACCAGCAGAAUUUGACCUUCAUCUCUGCUGAUUGCACAAUGAAACGACCAAGCCCCCCAAACAACUUUGUUGUCCUUGCUGUCGGAAUGCUCUAUUGCAUCAUCUAUGCCAUGAUAUUGCUAGAAACCUACGUACAACGUUUGCGCAGAAAAAUCUCUGCCUCCUUCUUCGAGAGACAAGAAGAUCAGAGAGUCCAGUAUCUCUACAGGGUGCUAUUAAGGAAACACAACAAGAAGGAGCAGCAACCGCUGCAGAAGCUGAGAGGGAUUUGUAAAUAUCCUGCAUGCUGACAUUCCUGGGAUGUUAUGACAGAAGAUGACAGGGAUGCUUUAGGCACUAUGCCAUGACAAUCUUCUUUUGGAUAGUUUAGCCUGGGUUUUGUUUUAAAAGUCAGGGGUAGCGAAUAUAUGAAAUAUGGGCACAAAACCACAAAAAUCUCAGAAUUGGAGGGUGAAGACUUUUGUUGCUAUGUAUUGCAAAAGUAGCCAAGUUUUAUGUUGGUUUUUUUUUUUUUUUUUU